AUGGAAGAAUUGAGGAAAAGUUUGAGCUCAGAUUCUUUGACCACCACUCUUUGUAACUCGGUCCAAGCACUGGGUAGAGGUUUUGAUGUCACUUCUGAUAUAAGACUUUUGUACUGCAAGGGUGCUCCUGGGUCUCGUUUGGUUCAUCUUGAUGAAGAAAAUACUAAGGAUCUUGUAAUCUCUGAUGGGGUUUUUGUUCCUAAGGUGUCUGUUGAUAUUGAGUGCACUAGAGAGAAGAGGACCACUGAGAUUACUCCUGUCUGGAGCUUCCAUGAGAUCGUUCUAGGGGUGUGUUAUAGUUACUGGGACUUGUGGGAAUUUCUUGAUUGGUGGUGUGUUUGGAAGAUGACAUAA